CAGCCCAGUGCGCCUUGGAAUUAUGGACUUCCUUCCCUUCAGCUUUGAAGCAGCAGGACAAGUGGCGACCACAUUUAUGAACGUUCAAAGGCGCUUUGCCUAUACCACACCCAAGAGUUUCUUGGAGCUCAUCAAGCUCUACACAAGCAUGGUGGGAAUGAAGGUGGACGCCUUGGAGGACCAAAAGGAUCGCUUGACCAACGGCCUGGAGAAGCUGCGCGCCACCUCGGAACAGGUGGCUGGUUUAGAGGAAGAACUCAAGGAGAAAGCCGUGGUGGUGGCUGAGAAGGCGGCGGCUGCGGACGUCUUCGCCAAGGAGGUGGGCGAGAAGAAAGCCACGGUCGAAGAAGAGUCCGCCAAGGCGGCUGUGGAAGCCGAGAAAUGCGCCAAGAUCGCCAAAGAUGUCUCCAUUCAGCAGGCGGAUUGCGAGAAGGACUUGGCUGCUGCCAUUCCUCUGGUGGAACAAGCCGAGGACUUCCAGGAGCUGAAAGCCUUAGCGAAGCCGCCCGGUGGGGUGGACCUGGUGUGCGAGGCCGCCAUGCACCUACAGGCUGGCUACGAUGAGAACAUCGAGCUUGACAAGAAGGGCUUCGUCAAGGAUCCCACCUGGAAGGGUGCACAGAAGAUGAUGAACAAUCCAGAGAAGUUCCUGCAGAACUUGAAGGGCUUCAAGAGCUACAUCGACGACGGAAAGGUGCCACAGCAAAAUGUGGAGAAGGCACGAAAGAUCCAGACCAACAUGGGCGAUGAGUUCAGCAAGGAGGGCAUGUCCAAAAAGUCCUCAGCUGCCGCGGGCCUUUGCGUCUGGAUCAUCAACAUCAUCAUGUACUACGACGUGGUGGUGCAGGUGGAGCCGAAGCGCAACGCCCUGCGCGAGGCCACGGACACGUUGAACGCGGCCAACACGAAGCUGGCAGAGGUCAAGGAACUGGUGCAAACCUUGGAAACGAACCUGGCAGCGUUGAUGAAGGAGUUUGACAAGGCGAUGGCCGAGAAAAGUGCGCUGAUGGCAGAUGCCGAGAAGUGUCAGAACAAGCUGAACAUGGCACAGCGUUUGGUGGGUGCUCUGGCAGCCAACGGAGUCAUUUGGGAGCAGACGGUGGAGAAUGCUGGGCAGGAGUUGGUCUUCAUUCCGGGGGACACCUUGGUCGCCUGCUCCUACGCCUCCUACGUAGGCGUCUUCACCCGUCAGUAUCGCGAAGACACGGUAGAUGCCUUCGUGCAGUAUCUGACGAAGAAGGGCGUGCCACUAGGCCCCAAACCUGAUCCCUUGGCAGUGCUGGCCACUGAUGCGGAGAUGGCAGCCUGGGCAGGACAGGGCUUGCCAUCGGACCGUGUGAGUUGCGAGAACGGCGCGAUUCUCUGCAACUCGCAGCGCUGGAGCUUGAUCAUCGAUCCACAGCUUCAGGGUAUUGUGUGGAUCAAGAAUCGCGAGUCGGACAACGGCUUGCAGGUCACACGCAUGGGCCAUUCCAAGAUGUUGUCCACCUUCGAGAUGUCUUUGGAUCAGGGAAAGCCCGUGCUGAUCGAAAAUAUGGGCGAAGGUAUCGAUGCCGUGAUCAUGCCGGUGGUCUCGCGGAAUACCAUCAAGCGCGGCAACAAGCGCGUGGUGAAGCUCGGAGACAAGGAGAUCGUCCUGAAUAACAGCUUCAAGCUCUUCAUGCAGACGAAGUUGUCCAAUCCUCACUAUCCACCGGAGAUCCAGGCCGAAUGCACCAUCAUCAACUUCACAGUCACUGAAGACGGUUUGGAGGAUCAGUUGCUCUUCCUGGUGGUGAAGUUAGAAAGGCCCGAUUUGGCAAAGAAGAAGUCUGAGCUCAUCAAACAGCAGAACGAGUUCAAG